CGGCGCAAAAAAAAAUCAACCAUCGUUCCUUGGCUGCAUGGUAUAAAGACAGCUUUUUGGCCAACGAAAGACACACUCGGUCACAACACUCGUCUCAGUAAACAUCUAAAUUCUCUUACCCUGUUUUUUAAGUAUAAUGAACAAUUUUGCCGUGUUUUUGACCUUUGCCCUGGCCGCGGUUGCCGUGGCUGAACCGCCAUCCGGAUACAAUUACAACCGUCCAUCCGGAGGACAUCGUGGUGGAUACUCCGGAGGUGGCGGCUAUGUGAGCAGCUUCAGCAGUGGCGGAAGCUUCUCCAGCGGCGGCGGUGGUCAUUCUAGUGGUGGUAGCUUGCAAUCUGUUUCAAUCGGACACCAGACUUCUGAGGGUCUGCAUGUUGACGGACAAUUGUUGAACGAAAUUCGCCAAAUUUUGCUUCGUGAGGAAAGUCAAUCCUCUUCCUCUCAUGGAUUUGGAGGUAGCGCUCCAAGUGGAUCGUACGGUGCUCCAGCUCCAGUUUACGGAGUUCCUCAUGGAGGAUCUGGCGGUCGUGUCGUUGGAAUUGACCUGGAAGGAGUGAGACAAGCUAUCCAGGUUGCUCAAUACCUGCAAACUUCCUCCUCUGGUGGAUUGUACCAUGGAUCAGCACCAUCUGGAUCAUACGGAGUUCCACAAGUGCCAUCCGGUUCUUACGGUGCACCAUCCCGUCCUUCCGGCAGCUAUGGCGUCCCAUACUAAGAAUUGAAGUAUGAUUCUACUGGUUUUCGAGAGUGUUAGCAAACAAUCCUUAAUUUGAAAACCUGAACCGGCCAACGAAACACGGAAUAUGCGACAAAGUCUAACGAGCAUAGCGAAACGAUAUUGUCAGAGACAAGACUUAGAACAUGCCACCACCAUUACAAAGAACAAAAACACGCACAUCCUGCUAUCACUAUACUUUCAAACGGGUCUAAGCGAGCAGGGUUUUCCACGAGUGUCCUUCUCCCCCUUAUAUACGGUCUAUCCCGCUAUAUGAGGUCACCCAUCUACGGCCUAUCUGGAGUUGGACAGUCGGCGGAUACACUGAGAAGCAACAAACGAUGCUGUAGUCUGAUGGCUUCUAUAAACAAUCCAGUAACGAACCCCAAACAACAUCAUUAGCAAGCAUCUUUAUAUACACACUCAAGCGGCUACAGCACCGUUUGUUCGAGCGAGAGAGAUGUCACGAGAACAACUUUUGUUAUUAUUCGUUAUUUACAUCGUGUACAUACUGGAAAUGUUUUUAUCUCUCUUUAAUCUAGUUAUUUUGUUAUAGUUGUUUUUGUAACGAGAAAGUGAAACUGUAACCGAGAAAACAAAAAACAAAAAAAUAUAAAAAAAUAGAAAAAUUUGUCACCGUUAAA